AUGAACUUCUUACCCGUCUUAUCCAUCUUUUUAGACCAGGUACUUUCAAUUAACUUUGGACUCAAGCCAUUUCAGCUGCAAUCACAACCAAGGGUUUUUAAAAGAGAUCUGAAGUUAAGAACAGCUCCCCGCUUACUCUCGGGUCCUCGCCCACCGGCGGUCACACAGCUGCAGCAAAGAAGAAAACUAGUAUCACGUUUGCAUGCCGUGCCUGCAGAAACACAUCCCAAAAAUGCUGUUCGUGGAGGAAUUGUGAUACCUGAUAUUCAAACCAUAUUGGACGUGAUUAUAAGGGGAUGCGAUGACUUGGACAAAGGAAUUGCUGACAUUGUUAAUACGUCACUCAUCACCAUUUCUAACACCGUUGGUGCCACAACAGAAAAAGAGAAAAGUGUAAUUGCGCCCGUGAUUGAUGCUGGCAACAAGGACAUCGAAACAGGUCUUACAACGAUACUUAGUGAUGCAUCAGCUGAUAUGGACGCAAUAGUGAACGAAAUAACACAGAAAGAGAUAUCAUCAACAACCGAUGUAUUGCAGCAAAAGAAUACAACACUUACGAAAGCGAUAAGCGACUUGAUCACAACUCUUAAUAAUAACAUUGUUAAACUGACGGACACAUCCGGUACGAGCCAGGCAGAUGCUCUCAAGGCGCUAAUACAAUCUGAAAAUCAGUCGCUAUACGAUCAAAUACAAACUAUAUUAAGCGAUCCAAAUAAUAACGACCCUAUAAUUCCACAGCUAAAGUUCCCGGAUCCAGUAGCAAUGGCAGGCAGCAUUGAACCAGGAAUGCAGCAGUUAUACAGUGAUAUCAAGGCACUCUUCGACAAAUUUAUUACAGAUAUCAAAUCACUGAUCACUGAUGUGCAGGCGUACGAAACAGGAGGAACUACGACAAUAAUGGACGAGGGUACAAAGGAACUUAUUUCCAGAUUAGAAGGAGCAGUAGGAAACGUACUUGUUCUGGUUCAGGCUCUUUUAGACAAGGUUUCUGCCAAGGAAACAUCAGACAUCACAACUGCGCUAUCUGAACUGCACACGCAGAUGACAACCGAUAUUACGGACGAGGUGCAGUCUAUCGCCACAAAGAGUGCUGAACUGAUCACGAACGUGACAACGAACGAGCUGGUAGAGAUGUCCACCGUGAUUGCAAAAUAUAACCAAGAUAUUGCGCAGGGGAUCCUAACCAAUCUCUCUACGUAACGUAAAAUAAAUGGAGUACCAAG